ACCACCCAAGAUCUGUGAAUAAAUACACAGAAGGAGCUCAGCAGUCAGCUGUAGAUUAAAACUAAAACAAGAUGAUUCAGUGCGUUGUCGUUGUUUUUACUCUAUUUUGCCCCGUAGCAUUUCCAGCUUCUGGAAACUCUGGGAAACACAAGUAAACCAGCAGUCUGAGAGUGAAGGCCUCCGUGAAACACUCCUUGAUAUUUUCCCUCACUGCAUCUUCUGGAGUGCGGGACAUCCCAGAGUUUUUGGGUUCUGUACUGGUUGAUGAAGUUCAGGCGGGUUACUGUGACAGCAACAUCAAGACGGCUGAACCCAAAGUGGACUGGAUGAGAAAGUUCAUGAAAGAAAACCCACAACAACUGGAGUGGUACGUUAACAAAUGCAUUGAAAGCCAGCACUUCUUCAGAGCCACUAUUGACAGCUUGGUGAAACGCUUAAACCAAACCAGAGGUGCUCACAUCCUACAGAGAAUGAGCGGCUGUGAAUGGGAUGAUGAAACUGGAGAAAUCAGGGGUUAUAUUCAAUAUGGAUAUGAUGGUGAAGACUUCAUAGCGCUGGACCUGCAGACGCUGACAUGGAUUGCUUCAAAACCAGAGGCGUUCAUCACCAAACUCAGAUGGGACGCAGACCAAGCUGAACUAGAUGACUAUAAAUACUACUACGUGCACCUGUACCCGGACUGGCUGAAGAAGUAUGUGCAGUACGCAAACAGUUCUCUGCAGAGAACAGAUCUUCCCUCAGUGUCUCUCCUCCAGAAGACUCCCUCCUCUACGGUCACCUGCCACGCUACAGGUUUCUACCCCGACAGAGCCGACUUGUUCUGGAGGAAAGAUGGAGAGGAGCUUCAUGAGGACGUGGACAAAGGAGAGAUCCUCCCCAACCAUGAUGGAACCUUCCAGAUGAGUGUUGACCUGAACAUCUCAUCAAUCGCUCCUGAAGACUGGAAGAAGUACGACUGUGUGUUUCAGAUGUCUGAUGUCAAAGACGACAUCAUCACCAAACUGGACAAAUCAGUGAUCAGAACCAAUCAGGUUUCUUCCUCACUGCAUCCUGCUGUUAUUGGAGCUGUUGUUGGACUCCUGCUGCUGUCAGUCGGCAUCUCUGGGUUCUUCAUCUGGAGAAAGAACAUCAAUUAUAGAAUAAUAAAAUUAUAUAUUUUCUACUAAAUGAGCUUCAACACUGAAAUUUUACUGCGAUUGAAGAUUAGAAGAGGAUACAAUCCUACCAGAGACAUAAGUUUGCUGCACAGCUGUUUCUGCAGACCGUCAGUGGAGAGGUUCCAGAAAUAAGAUCAGAGUCAGUCAUCAUGUACUGUCUUUGAUGCUUAUUAGCAGCAUUUCUAAUAAUAAUUUAGCUUUAUUGGCAUUAGCCAGCACACUAAUGAAGACUGUUCUCUAAACUGCACUAAGUGUUUAACUUUCUGUACUACCAAAGUUUUAAUUGUAGUUACAGAUGCAAAUGUGUCAAAUCAGUUUGUUCCAGCAGAGCUGAUGCUGCUGUGGAACAAAUAUGUCAGUAUCUGGAAGUCUUGGAUGUGUGUUUUUUGUGUUGUGUUGUUGUUGUUUAUUCUACAUCAUUCAGAUAUCACCAGCACAUUUAAACCUACUGAUGUGCUUCAAAAAUGAUGCACUUUCUUGGAACUGUUGUGAUAUACAUUCUAUUUAGUUACUUUUAUUUACCUUUUUUUAUUGUUUGUAAGAACGGUAUGUGUGCGAGCAUGAGUGUGUGUGUAAAUGAAUGCAACCUUAAUAAGACUUUUUUUUUUAACUUUUGUGACAUUUUCCAAAUUUUCAAUUUUCAUCUUGAAUUUCAAUGUCAGUGAAGUUACCAUUUAUGGUUCCUUGCCUGUUUGUGGUUAAAAAAAAGAAAAAAAAAAGAAAAACGAACAAAAGAAAACAUUCCAAGAAAUGUGUACACCAUCACUUAGUACAACUAUUCAACUGUUAAAUGUGUGAGUUUCGUCAACUAACCAUGGUUAGUUUUGAUGUUUCAACCAAAAAUAUGGAAGAGGGUCGAGCAGCAAGUCCGUCUUUAUCCAACUUCAAAGAAAAGAGAAAGUUUGAUAUGUUCCAGGCCUCUGCUGAUUGGUCAAAUGCCACCAUAUCAUGUUCUAUAAUGUAGAGGGAUCUUGGAAGAUUGGCUGAAUGAAAUCCACAUGCUUCUUGAUUUCACUGAUUCAGAUAUUUAAUGUGUGUGGAAGUUACCAACUAUGAUCACUUGCCCCAUAAAGAGUUAACUGUUUCCUGUUUGUCCAUGUUUUCUUGGAUGAAGUCUUGAGGUGUUUAAGCUGAUUUUCCUUCAGACUCCUCACAUAUCAUGUAUACUAACACCUCCAGUCAAACUUGUUUUAUUCACUAUUUCCUUGUGAUCAUCUCACCUGAUAAGAAAGACUCUUUGAAAUUGCUUUCAGAUUUUAUUACAGCUUUCCAUGUAUGGAUUUGUCAUUAGAUUUGUUUCACCCAACCUUCAGCAGCAGUCACUCAACCACCACAAAGACGAUGGAGCUCGUUUUUCUGCUCGUUUUAUUUCCUGUCACAUUUGCAUUUAAGAAGUUUUUAGAGAUUUAAACAUGCAGAGUCUUUUAGAAACCGAUGUGUUUGAUAAGAUGGUGUAGUUUGUUUUACAGGUUUAGCAUUCUGACACAACUAAAAGGAAGUGCAAUCCAAACACAAACCAGUGCCUUGCAACAGUAUUCACACCAGAUUUUUUUAUUUGUAAAAAAUCUUUAACAACACAUAUAAUGUUUCUUCCACUUCACAAAUAUGUGUUACUUUGUGUUGGUCUAUCACAUAAAAUCCCAAAUAAAGUACAUUUAAGUUUGUGCUUGUAACGUGA